AUGCGUGAUCAUGGGAAAGUUAUGGAACUAGUCUUGAGUGCUCACAGAAGAAUUGUGUUCCGUAGUAUAGAGGUUUGCAUUAGGAUCCGAAUCCUGGAACCCGUAGAUGAGGCUACUACUGAAGAGUCACACAAAAAUCUGAAUGGCAGAAGAGCAGGAAUCCGUAAGAAGUGUUUGGAUACUUACAGCGUUAUGAAUAGAUCAUGUCAUGAUCAGGUACCUCCGAAACCACCUUCUCCUCCUCCGGAAAGAUCUUCUAUACUGCUAGUUCGCACAGAAAAUGUCAUUGCAGAGCCAGCAGAAAGAAGCAACGAAACAAAAGCGAAGAUGCAAGCAAUUGUCCAAACGAUACGUGAUGUGGUACAGUACAGCGCUCUCUUUGGACAACAAAUCAACCUUCUUUUACAUCCCUCUCAAAAUGUGAUAGAGAAUCCAGUUUAUUUGUGUGACUUGGUUGCGACGUUGGUACAGUCGGCUGACACGAAAGAGCUUCAAGAAAUGAUGGAAGAAAUAAACGUUUCACGGCGUCUUGACAAUGCUCUGGUAUUGAUCCAAAAAGAGAAAACUGUAGCUAAACUGAAGUACGACAUUAAUAAGGACGUGGAGAAGAAAGUUCAGGACCAACAUAGGAAGUAUCUGCUCAAUGAACAGCUCAAAGUCAUCAAGAAAGAGUUGGGUCUUGAAAAGGAUGACAAGUCUGCGAUAAUAGAGAAAAUGGAGGAACGAUUGAAGGACCUGAAAGUUCCGGAAUAUGCAAUGAAAGUCAUUAAGGAAGAGCAACAAAAGCUGCAGUUUCUUGAUCCGCACUCCAGCGAAUUUAGCGUAACUCGAAAUUAUCUCGAUUGGCUCACUAACGUACCAUGGGGCAUAACAUCUGAAGAAAAUUACGAUUUACAAAAAGCAAGAAUUGCGCUUGAUCAAGGGCAUUACGGCAUGAAAGACGUCAAGGAUCGUAUUCUCGAGUUCAUUGCUGUGAACAUGCUGAAGAAGCACGUAGGAGGGAAAAUACUUUGCUUACAUGGACCUCCAGGCACUGGAAAGACAAGCAUUGCUAGGUCGAUUGCUCAAGCGUUGAAUCGAGAG